AUGAGCUUUCCCGGCAUGGGAGGUGGCCUACCGGGCAUGGGCGGUGGCGCCGGCGGAAACGUGGAUCCCAACGACCCCAACGCCGUGCAAAUGGCAAAAACGAUGAAGUUCAUGAGCGAAAUGCAGCACAACUGCCUCACAAAGACAGCCAUGUCAGGCGUCGCCGGCUUCGGUCUUGGCGGCGUGUUCGGCAUGUUCAUGGCCUCAAUGGCCUACGACACCCCCUACCACACGGCGGCGACGGCCGGCUCGCAGCAGACGCCCAUCUCGUCCCUGCCAUGGCAGCAGCAGCUCAAGACAGGCUUCAAGGACAUGGGGGCGCGGUCGUGGAGCUCGGCCAAGAACUUCGGCAAGGUCGGCGCGCUGUUCACGGGCAUCGAGUGCGGCAUCGAGGGCUUCCGCGCAAAGAACGAUAUGACCAACGGCGUCGCGUCGGGAUGCGUCACGGGCGCCAUCCUCGCGCGCAACGCUGGGCCCCAGGCCGCCGCCGUCGGCUGCGUCGGCUUCGCUGCCUUCUCUGCUGCCAUCGAGGCGUGGAUGAGGCAGCCUAAGGAGGAGUAG